CAGACAUUUUGAAGAAGAUGACGUCAUUAAAGGACGCAUGAUAAAAGGGAAGGAUGGAAAAGAAAUCUUCCAUGCGUGGAAGAACGUGACCCUUAAAGAAGGAGCAAUUCCAAGAAUUUUUCAAGAUUGCCCGAGUCAUCUGACAAAGCCAAAACCAGCAGCCAAAAGAAAAUUACCAAAAGAUAGAGAGACUGCUGACGUUAGGAAGCAUAAGAAGGCUAAGCACCUGGAUGAGCCUCAAGAAGACAUUGAUGAUGUUUUCCAGAAUUGUGAAGGGAUGCCAUGGUUGUCUUUUAAUCCGAAAGACUGUCCAUUACCUCCAACUUGGUUUUGGAUUAAUUCCAAAGAUGAGUCUGCGGUCCCACUUUGUGUUCAGUUUGAACUCUCCCGGGAGAAACAACUGAAUCAAAGUCGGUCCACUUGAAAGACGGGCAGGUUUUUUUGUCCUACAAUUCCAAAGUACUUUAUACUACGUUUCUAAAUCAAGAACAAAAUGACGAAACACUGUGCCAGCAGUUAGCAAGGAUUAUCAAGAAUUUCGACGAGGCGCACAAAUGCCACGGCAUGAGAGAAGGGCGGUUUGCCAACAUUAAGUUUUGCACUGGAGCUGUCCUUCAAGAUGACACUUGGAGAUCAACCAACUGCAAAACCUUUUUCGACGUAAAUAAUAAGAAUUUCUAUAACCCAAGCUCUCAUUCCCUACCUGAGGACGUCUUGAAAUGGGUACAAAAAACCAUAGAGGACCGGUGGAAACACCGGAAACCACUAGGACCACUAGGAACACCGGUGUGUUCCGAGUGCUGCACGAUAAGGCGAGCUCUGGUGAAAAAAGUGACUCAGCCGAAUCCUAUUUCAGAAAAAGAAAAACUGGCAAAGUUGAGAGCUGAUUAUCGAUUGGCACAGCAAAAACUAGUUCGUAACAAGGAAACCGUGACUAAAAUGGAAAAGGAAAUUGGUACUAUGGAGUCACAGGAGCACAUUUUGAGAAUGGAAAAGCAGAAGAUAGAAGCCGAUUUAAUUGCAAAGGAAGAUAUUAUCAAUCUUCAAGAGGCGGAGCUAUUCAAACUCCGUUAUGGUUUUGCCCAACAAGCCAAUGAAGUGAAAAAAAGUGAAGAGAAGUUUAAAAAGGUUCUUGAUAACCUAAAUCAGAAGGUAUAUUGAUAUGUGCGCUUGCGUAUGUUGGAUGUGAUAGCAUCUAGUAGUUGUUAGCUAGUUUUGCGUAGAAGUAUUCUUCUCAAUAACUUUUCAACAUGGUCUCUGAACUGUUUAUAGGCGAUGAGUUCAUGACGCUAUUUUUCAUAUAAGCAUAUUUUUUUUUGUAUUGACAAGAAUUGUUUGUUUUGACAAGAAUUAUUUUUCCCACCAAAUUUUUUACAAGGUAUUUUUCUAACCAA